AUGAGGACAGAUGAUUUUGUAACCCGGUUCCUGGCCCUCUCCAUCCAAGGGGGUAUAGGUAAUGAACAUACAGUAGAACUGCUAGAAUGCAAUGUGAAUCCCCACAUUGCAGAACAGCUUUAUUUGCAGGAUAUGAGAAAUGAGAACCUCUCACAAGCAGCAGAAGAAGUUCGCAAAAUAGGUAGGGCCAUUGAGCUCUACAAAAUGCAAUUCUGUGGCGGGUCCACCACCAAAAACAACUGUUCCCAGAGGAGCACUGGGUCAUCAAACCAAAAUAAUCAUCACUCUCACGGGUUCAAACCAUUCGGGCUGCAACUAGGGCAGGGAGCCCCUAUGGAUAUUGGUGCGGUCCAAGGUGGACAGAUGGGCAGAUUCAAAGGGAACUGCUACAAUUGUGGUCAAGAAGAACAUAUAUCCCGAGACUGUAUAAAUGGGGCGCAGGCUGCCCAACAAAAAAAUAACCAAGGGCACCAGGUUCACCAAUUAGAAAUGGAGAAGCUGGAAGAUUGGCUCAAUACUCUGGCCGGUUGCUCAUAUGACAAAAUCCAAGCCUUCUUUUACGACCAACAGGUCGCUGAGAUGAAGGCUCAGGGAAAAAAGUUCAAAGCUUAG